AUGCCAACAAAGAGAACUGACUCCUGCUGCCAGGGCUGCAGCUGCUGUUCCCUAAUCUCUUUUGGUCUAGCCAUUUUUUACCUUUGGGCAAAUUUUCAUCUUUCAAACCCAAAGUGCUCCAUACAAGACUUCUAUCUUCCAGCUCUCAACAACUCUUUAAACUCCGCAGACAACUCCACUCUUUACUUCCAGUUAAAGCUUAAAAACUCCAACAUACUCAAAGGUAUUUACUACGAUCCUGUAAACGUCACCCUAGUCAACAAAUCAAAUACCACUACCUACAUUGGAAACUAUGUUGUUCCCAAAUUUUAUCAGGGGUUCAGGAAGACAGCUGUGAAGGAUGGCAGUGUUGACGUUGAUAAGGAAGUGGUUAAAAGCGCCGUUUUUGACAACGGGACGGCGAUUUUCGGGGUUGAUUUGGCGACAGCCGUGAGAUUCAAGGGAUUUUUCUGGACGACUAAAAGGCAUCGGAUCAGGGUUGGGGCCGAUGUGGAGGUCAACGAUGAAGGUACAAAAGUCAACCAGAAGAACAUUAAGCUUUCUCAAGCACCUUUGAGUUUGAGGAUUUGUGGGGCGAUCGAUAUUGUUUUGGGUUUGAGGUUUUUCUACGCCAUUUCACAAGAAUCGAUUGAGCUAGCUUUAAUCUCUAUCCAUGUCAUGAUGAGUCUUAUUUUCCAGGUUUCUGAAUUUGGGAAGAAACCCAGAAAAUCGUUGAGAAGGAUCCAAAUAUUUAAUUUCAAACUACAUGUUUCAGGAGCCAAUAAGAUGGAGUUGGCUUUGCUAGCAGAACUUCAGAAACUUUUUGCACUUUCUGAGACCUGA